AUGGCCGACAAGAGGCCACUAACGCCUGGACAGGCCAGGGCCGGCCAAGGGGCGGCCGAAGCGGGUCGACAGCCGGCCGGAGCAGGCCUGGGCGGUCGGCAGAGGACACGACGCGGCCGGGGCGGCCCGGGGCAGGGUGCUGCCGAGGCAAGCCUGCAGAGGGCUGCACGAUGCCGGGUGGGGCACAACCGGCCGGUGGAGGGCAGCGCCGGGGCCGAUUCUCUUCUCAACCAAACAGUCGAAAUAAUGGCCAUGGCAAGCGCUGAGCUUCUGCAAGCCGAGGCAGAUCUCGUGCGCCACUCCCUAGGCUACCUCAAGUCUAUGGCAUUGCAUAGCGCGGUCAAGCUUGGAAUCGCUGAUGCUCUCCACCGUUGCGGUGGUAGCGCCUCCUUGCCUGACCUGCUUGCUACCCUCCCCCUCCCUCCAAGCAAGCAGCCCUACUUGGCGCGCCUCAUGAACGUUUUAGUCACAUUAGGAAUCUUUGUGGCUGAGGAUGCCCCUGUCGCCGACGGCGACGGAGCGACCUGCGUGUACCACCUAAACACUAUGUCUCGCUUCCUCGUCAGCGACACCGGCAUCAACGGCAGCGCAUGGCGGCUGUCGUCGUGCAUUCUCAUGGCAACCACGCCGCAGAUUGUUGGAUCCGCUCUACAGCUGGGGAAGUGGUUCCAGAACGACGGCGAGGCCACGCCGUUCGUGAUGGCGAACGGCCGGAGCCCCUAUAUCUUUGCUGCCCAAGACGCAGAGUUCAACUCGGUGUUCAACGAGGCCAUGGCUGCCGACAGCCGAUACCUGGCAGACCUUGUGGUCCGUGAAUGCAGUGACGUCUUCAAGGGGAUAACAUCCCUGGUCGACGUUGCUGGCGGGACGGGUACCAUGGCGAGGGCCAUCACCAAGGCCUUCCCACACGUCAAGUGUUCAGUUCUUGACCUCCCACAUGUGAUUGAAGGAAGCUUGGCUCAGGACAAUGUCGAGUUCAUUGCUGGAGACAUGAUGGAGUUCAUCCCAUCUGCUGAUCGUAUUUUACUUAAGUACGUGCUGCAUAAUUGGAGCGACGCGGAUUGUGUGAAGAUCCUGACACUAUGCAGAGAGGCCAUUGCCCAUGGAACAAAGGAAGGGAAGGUCAUCGUCAUCGACGAAGUGGUUGGAUCUCCCACACAGAACAUACUUGAAGCUCAACUCUUGAUGGAUAUGCAGAUGAUGUCACUAUUUACGGCCAAAGAACGAUAUGAGCAAGACUGGAACAAGAUAUUCAAAGAAGCGGGGUUUAUUAAUUACAAAAUUUACCCUGUCCUAGGAGUGCGAUCGGUCAUUGAACUCUACAUAUAACUUGUUGCUCCAUACAUACCGCCACCACCUAUCCUAUGCUGCUAUGCAUGCUGUCUUUGUUCCUGUUUGCUUUGUAAUAAACGCAUAAUGCGUCAGUGUUUAAAACGUACUACUUCAUCCACCUUGUAUCCCGGCCGCACUUAUAUUGGAAUGUCUAUUGUGCCCUCCAGUUGAAUAAUUCAAACUGUACGUGUAAUAUAAGUCUCUUUCUAUCAUA